AUUGAACUGUGUCGUGUUGGAUUGUAACCGCAAGUGGUGUUUUACUGUUUGAUCAAGGAGUGUUGGUGAUCAGUUUCGAAGAUGAUGAAGCUACAUCUAAUCUACCUCACGCUUCUGUCGCUCUCUGACGCGGCGUUCGUCAGUCACAUGGGGUUGGUGAACCAGAACCACAACCAUAAUAGCAACCAGGGCGCCAUCAACCGGGUGCGGGCGUCCGCCUUCCGCCCCGGCGUCAUGCUGCGGCCCUGGACACAUCCGAGACUGGUGCAAGCCGCGUCACAUAGAGUGCCCUACGUCAUCUAUAGGAAUCAGCCGCAACGGUAUGCAGUGAAGCACUACUCCCCGACGCGCGUCUUCACGGGCCCGUGGAAGGCGAGCCGGCCGGGCGCGCCCGUCUCCGCCGAGUACGAGUUCGUGCGCACCGCCUCCGCGCCCACGAUCCACACCGACGGUGGUAAAGGUGCCAUCCACACUAUACCAGCGCCCAACCUCAGCCUGUCGGAGAAGCCCAUCGUCGUCAUGGAUGACCACGUCUUCCAUCAUAACAUCGUCACUGAAUCUCCGAAAAUAUACGAGGUGACAGAAAAAUACCUAGACCACUUUUCGAAUUCAGUCCCAGCUAGAAUAGAAAAGCCUAUAGGAUUCUCCAAAGCCACAUCGUUCACAGCACCAGAACUACAUUCACUAGUCAAGAACGGACUGCAACUGAGUUCAGACUUGGGACUCUCAUCGAUAGCGUUGCCAUCAUCACUGCAACAACAGAUACACCAUCACAUUCAACAACAAGCCGCAGCGAGCCAACAAAAUCGCCUGCAACAGCAACAACAACAAAAUAACUUAUUCCAACAGCAACAACAACAAAUCCAUCAAAAUCAACAUGCUCAGCAUCAACAGAACUUUAUACCCCAUGGGAUAGUUCCUCAGCAGUUCUCUUUACAGAAUUUACACAAUAUCCAGAAUAAUCAAGAAAUCGUACAAGCGGUGCCAGAAGGGUUGGUGAUAUCGCCGAAUGCGUUGUACCAGCCAGACCCCGCCUUCUUGGAGAAGCUUCAGAAUCAACUGCUACAACGGUUCCCUGGCGUCGAGUUCGUGCCUUACCCGGCCGAUUUACAACCCGUCCAGUCUCAAUCCAUCCAAUCACAAGUACCUGCCAUACAUCUUCAGCAAGUGCCACAAACACAACAACCACAACAACCGCAAUCUGUGCAACCACUACAACAGCACCCGCAGUCAUCACCCCUGUUCUUACUCCAGAACGAACAAAUCGUCAAACAAGAUCCACCCACCUUCGGUCUAGCCGAAAAUCAAAACCACAAGAACGUAUUCCUAAGAGAAACCCACGAAGGCAAUGUAGUGACGUUAGUCCCGCAAAUAGUCGUAACUAACGCCACUGAACACGAGUUCGAAGUGACUUCUGCUUCAAUGCCGCAAAACGUCACAUUAGAACUUGUGCAAGCCGAAUCGAAACCAGAAGCGACCACUGUAAAAUACAUUAUAGAAACGACUACUGAAGAACAGAAAACGACUCCAGUUUUUUACACAGUCAGUCAGAGUACUCAAACUCCUAGCGACGAUGCUACAUCUGGUCAGAACAUUGCCAACGCUCAGGUUGUCCAAAGUACAGGUAAUGUUGUGACCGACAGUUUUUAUUCCGGUGUUAAUGACAUCCGAGCUGCAGCUGCUCUAGCACAAGUAGAAAAACCAGAAGAAUCUACUAUUGCACAGGAAAAUAUUACAACUACUCUCCUUCCUGUUCCAUCCUCAACCAUCAAAGCUGAUCUGAAACAAUAUUUUGUUCAGCAGUCGGAAACAGCUAAAGAAAAUAAAACGACUGAAAUAAAACCUCUUCUUGGCGUCCCAUUCGCAAAAGCACCAAACUCUGUCGCAUAUACUUUAGUGCGGUCCGACGAUAAGGAGACAAAAGUUGCAAAAGAUGGAUCAGUGUACGCUGGUCAGUUAGUAGAAGCCAGUGUAAGCGAAGAUUCGGACUUUAAUAAAGAGAAAGCUCACUUACUAAACAGACGAGCGCCUCUAAGGCUAGUAGCCGUGACUCGGAACAAGGAAACCACUACUACACCGGCCGCUCCUCAAAAAGUAACUAUAGUGAAAGCUAGGAUUCCACCAAAAAGUAAACUGACUUUUGAUGACAAAACUGGAGAACCUGUAUUAAGAAUAUACGCAAGUUACGUCGACAAUUCAGCGCAGAAAGAAGCAACAGCCUCAAAGCUAGCGAAUAUCAAGCACACUAAGGAAGUAGUCACUCGACAACAGGACACUGCAGAUAAGUGGAGACGGCCCACUGUGAACGCAUUAGCCAAACCCCACGGGUUUGAGCCAACACAAGUAACUCAGUUUGGGCUUAAACUUAGAUCUAGAAGUGACAGUUUUUCGCCACUCUUCGAUGAUUAUAUGGUAUAGAUAUGGGAAAUAUGUUGGAUUACCGUAUACGAUUAAUAAGUAAAGGUAAACGAAGCAAUUGUGUCCAUGUCUGAGGAGUGAGAUAGCUUCAAAUCUGCUUACUGACUUGUGUUAUUCGAGAAUAACAUUUUCUAUAACGUCGUAAGGCCGAGAUUUCCAGAUACAAUAGUAAAACAAUGGGGCUUGGAUUUUAAAAGGACAUUCGGUCUUGCGACUAUAAUUUCUACAUUGGUUUACGAAACACACCGAGGUCAUGACACAAUUGUAUUAUGUACAGAUAUUUAUAAUGAACAAUUUCUAACACCAGUAGGUAUUAUGGGAAUUGAAUUGUAUAUGAUUCAUGUACAUUAUAUUGUAUUACGAUGUUUUAGGAAUCUUUUUUGAGAUUGCAGAAGACUAUAAAACCAGGAUAAUAUUAAAAUUCAUUUGUUAGAUUUACAAGCAAAAUAUUGGAUAAUCAUUCAUUCGAAUUUCAUUAACUGUUACAUAGCACGGCAAUAUUCUUAUACAUUCAAUUUUAGUGUAAAUAAAUGCAAUAGAAAUAAGUUACCCUUAAGAGUUGUUAGUGCAUUUAGAAUUUUAUUUAUUAACAUUGUUAUUAAAG